CUCGUAUCUCGUGGUCUUGCGUGGAGCGUUCCUGUUUUGUUGUCAAAAGUUUAAAUUAGCUGGGCUUUUUGGUUAUUGUCUGAACAUGGUCCGGUACCUACUGCAAUUCCAAUACCUAGGAACACACUUCAGAGGAGUCCCAAAAGUCACACCAGUGGAGAGGGCUGCAGGGUACAGUGGAAUAGAAGAUGCACUCUGUGAAGCGUUUUUCCGGCUUCGCCUAGCGGAGCCUCCAAACAUCCACGUGUCCAGCCGUACUGACUCUGGUGUCCAUGCCCUGUGUAACACAGCCCACGCGGACCUGAUAUACGGGGAGGACAGGGAGCCGUACGAGCCUGACUCCAUCGUGCACACAGUCAACCGCAGCUUCCUACACAUGGGCAGGAAUGACAUUAGGCUGAUGAACUGUCGCCCGGUGCCUCCCACGUUUAACUCCCGGCAUCAGGCGCUAGGAAGAACCUACCUGUACCGAGUUGUGUCAGGCUGCUACCACUCCAGACUGCCCAUUCCUGAGGCCAACAGGAGCUGGGGAGUUAUAGAGAGAUUAGAUAUCGAGGCCAUGCAGGAAGCGGCAAAACAUUUCCUGGGAACUCACGACUUCACAACUUUCCGAAACAAAACUCCAGAAACCUGGACCAAAGAUCCCGUCAAAACCAUGAAAGCUGUAGAGAUCCGGAGAGCGUCUUGCUUGUUAGAGGAACAUGAUCCUUUCUGCAGAGAAUUGGAGGUGCUGGAAUUGAUUUUUAAAAGCCGGUCAUUUCUGUACAGACAGGUCAGAAGAAUGACAGGACUCCUGGUCGCCAUUGGGAGAGGAAAACUACAACCCAAAGAUGUCGUCACCUUGUUGGCUGCUAGAAAAAUCUCUGCUUUCCCUAAAAAUGCACCGGUAGCACCCGCACACGGGCUGUAUUUGUGCAAUGUGGAAUAUAAUGAAAAAGAUCUUGUCUAUGACUGAUGAAAAGGAAAAUCGGCAAACAAGACCACAAUGACAAUAACCACAAGACAGCAAUGUAAAAGUCAUCUCAGGGCAUUUACUAACAAACAAGCAUUAUAAAAAAUAUAAGUACACUUUGAACAUGUUGCAAU